AUGGCGCCCUGGCAGUCGACGGCUGCAGCAGUCGGCGCCGAGGCUUAUGCAGAGGAUAGCCGAAAGGCAGUCUACGCCCACCAACAGCCUCCCAUCGACCGAGCAGCUGUCUCAAGGCCGGGCUAUGCUACCACAUCAGUGCAGGACCAGGUCGCAAUGCCUUAUGAUCAAGUCAGACAGGCUUAUGCACAUCAACCUCCGCCCACUGGCUUUCCCCCUCACGAGCAGGCAGGCCCUAGUGGCGCCCAGCAGCAGCAGCACAAUAUCUGGCCAAACCAUCGGCUCAUGAACUCUCCACCACCUGAGCAUCGCUACUUGCCCGCGCAGCCGGAUGGACAGGUCAAUGGCCAACAAAGGCGACGUUACACCAAUGGAUCCGAGCAGGGCUUUGCCCCUGCACCGGACGCAAGGAUGGCCUUGCCUCCGCUGCUCUCUCUACAGCAACAACAACCUCAGCUCCUGCCCCCGCCGCCGGCUUACUACCCCGCUCAGCCAUACAUGCACGAGAGCCAGCCUCAGGCGAGCACGUCAGCUGGCUCGCCUCGACAUAGCAAGGCAGACGAGCGGAAGCGGCUCAAGACGCCACGCGCAUGCGAUUCUUGUCGUCGCAAGAAGAUCAGGUGCGAUGUCUUGGCCGAUGGCGAAGAGGGGCAGAUGUGCGUGCAUUGCAAGCAGCACAGACUCGAAUGUUCUUGGUUCUUGCCCAUCAGUGAAACACGACAUAAGCGUCGGAAGCAGGACAGCGAUGCGCAUACGCCCGCCCGGGCAGAUCACAACGGAUCGGGGUCCGAUCAUUCUCGUUCGCCUUCCCAGUACAAAGACGAUUCACGUACGAUCGACGAACCGAGAAUCUACGGCUCUUCUUCUAUUGGCCACCUCAUGUGCGCCGACGCCCAAUUUCCGAACGAAAAAGUCUCUUUCUGGGUCAAAGAUCACCAGCAGACCUUCGAAGCCAGCGCGACUGGAUCAGGCCUCAUCAAGCUCGUUCCCGUCAGUUCACAAGCAGAAGAGCCACGGAAAAUGCCACAACCGCCGCAUGGCAAGCUCAGUACGGCAGGUUCGAUCACCUCGGACGAAUUACAGGGCCUGGUCAACUCAUUUUUUGCUCGCCGGCUGACGAUCUAUCCCGUCGUUACUGCAAACGAACUGACAAAUGCCGAUGUGCCCGUGCCGUCUCUCUUGCUUCAUUGUAUCGCCGGCGUGUCUGCACUAUCACAUAGUGCAGCCCCGCAUCUCAUCGUCAAUAUUCGACAGAUCCUCGCGAGCAUCUUUCGCAAGGAUGACCUAGCUGCGCAUCACAACAUCCCUACCAUUCAGGCACUACUCAUCUACACACAAGCUUAUCAACUCUCGACAGACAUCACCUGCGGUCGUGCUUGGGUCAUCCUAGGGGGCAUCAUUAGGAUGGCACAAUCGAUGGGCAUGCACAGAGAAAGCGAACGACAAGAGACCUCGGAUCCGGAGCAUCUCAAUGCGAGAAGGAGGUUGUGGGCAUGCUGCGUCAUUGCGGAUGCUUGGAUGAGUGCCGUCUUUGGCUUGCCAGCCUGUAUCGAUAUUGCCAUGUGCGACUGUCUAUACCCGACGCCGGUCGAUACGACCGCCACUAUACCUGGCGAGGGCGAACCAGAAGACUCUACGGUGCCUCUGACGCGGCUAUCAAUCUUGCUCUCUCGCGUUCUCAAACUGCUCUACUCUCCUUCUGGCUUCAUCAAUGUGACAGAUGAAGACUGUACGAGUCUACAACGAGAUCUACAAACCUGGCGGCAAAAUCUGCCUUCCAAUAUGCAAUACCGUCACGACAUAGCACAAGACUCGCUGCACGCUGGCUUCUUGCAGCUCUGCUACAUUCCCGUACAGUUUCUGUUCAUGCGACCCUUUCUCAGCAUUGGCCAGCCUGCACAGAAGCUCGCCUUCACUGUCUCGGAAGAGUCGUACCAUCAGCUGGUGGCUUGGGCCGCGCAAUCGAUUACUUGGGCGAGUCACAACGAAGCCAUCAUCGAAAGCUGGUUCUUCGCCCUCUACUCGUUCUUCAUAUGUUCUUUGCUCCAGUAUCAUACGUUCGUGCGAUGCUCGGAUCCGGCCGCACUCGCAUCGCUCAAAGAAGCUCGUGAUCUGAUGGCCCGUGUUCAUUCUGACGAGGCCUUUUCCCGAUCCAGCGUAAGCACAGUCAUCAGUCUACUGUACUCGACCGCAGUCUCGGCAGAUCAGUGGAAGAACGCACCCAGAGCCCCAACGCCAGCUCAUUCUCAGACGGACGACCUCACCGCUUCUGGCUCGGUUGCUAGUCUACCGGAGACGCUUGCAGAAACUUCGCCAAAACAGCUUGCUGUCGACACGUCAGCGGUGACGUCCGCGCUCUUGCAGGCCCCUCAUGGAUCGACUGCUCCAUCCUCUGCAGAUCCGACCACGCCCUCUCUGUUUCUACCAGUCGGUCAAUCGCCGGGCAAGUACGACUUUGCGUUCGCGCCAUCCCAGCUCUUAGAUUUUGAUCAGUGGUCAAACUUUUUCGCAGCCCCAGCACCUUCUGCCGACGAAGCCGACAGGUCGAUGUAG